AAAAAAAAAAAAAACAAAAAAUAUUUUUUGUUAAAUGAAAAGAAAGAAAGCUACGUUUCAAGAUUAAAAAUUGUUUUGUAAUUUUUUUCCUAAAAAAGAACAAAUAAUAAACUUUACUUGAUGAAUAUCAAACCUAUUAUUACUUAUUCUGGGGCAGGACCUCUUUUUCGUUCCCUAGAAAACAAUAUCGUAUCAACGAUACCAAACGACACUUGUGAAUGGAGGCGAGCCUAUCAUCUUCCGCCUAAGCAGGUACGCUUAGAAGCCACUGUUCAGCCUCUCAACUAUGAAGCUUUAGAAAAAUAUAAAAAAGGCAAUUGGAGUAUCCUUGAACAUCCCAUUUUGCACAUAUUUACAACAGAAUGUGGGGAUCUAGAUACUUACAAAUCAACAACUCGUGAGGAAAUAGACACUUGGCUAAAGAAACUCGCAUCAUAUGGAGUCUCUGAUUGGAUGAUCCUACUGGUUGAAACAUUUGAUGCGAAGAAAACCAAAAAUAUACUCCCGCGAACUACAGUUUUGGAUAAAAUCCGUUUAGACUUUUGCUCCAAAAAUGACGAUCGCUGUAUUUCGGUUUUGAAUCCUGCAAAACAAAAGUCAACUGAAUCUUUUCGAUGUCUUGUCCAAAGAAUAAGGUAUCUGAUGCUUUCAAGCUACACCCGUAACAUUACCAAGUAUGAAGAGCUCAUCCGUGUCAGCAGAGAAAAACGCAAUCAAGACGGAUGGGAUUUCCGAAAGUAUUUCUUUUUACAGGAAGAUCUGGCGUUGAUAUUCGAAAAACUUGAACUCUAUUCUGAUGCUUUGGUGCAAUAUGAUGAAUUGGAUGCGAUAUUCUCUCAAUUCAUAACUAAUUCCGGAUUUGGUGAAAAACAAAAAUGGCUUGAGCACUUUAAGCAGCCUCUUAGUUCAUUUCAUGGAAUAUGUUUAUCCCGAAAAAAUAAAUUCGAAAUGCGAGAACGCAUACGAGAGUCGGCAGUAUCGAUUCUUGAAUUCCGCAAUUAUCUCUUUGAACGCCAAUCACAUUUGCUACAGAUUUCUAAUCUUACACCCGAAAUAGCCGAACGUCUAUUGAACUUUCUCUUUUCGACUUUGCGCGAAAUUGAAGUCAUUAAAGUCGACUGCCAGGAGGGUGCAUUGCAAUGUUGGGAGUUUGUGUGUGCUCGAGAAGUAUUGCAAAUAUGCGAUCAGGCCAUGGAACCCGAUGAAGUAAUCUGCUUUCAACAUUGUGCUCCCAUUUGGAAUCUUGCUAAGGAUAAACUCUACGAGCUCGGAAAGUUGUGUGGGCUUCUGCCAGGGUUCACUCCAACUUCGGAGCAAUUGCACAUUGUUGUCAAUCUUUCGGCUGGUAUUGGAGACAACCCACUUGAACAAGAAUUUCUUAAUCCCACUCCGCAGAUUGAUAUGAGGGCUCAUUCUCCUAAUAGAAAACCCAAAGAAUGCCCCGCAGAGCAGUUGAAAAAAGCUCUGGGUUCAAAUCAAGCAUUCCAGAAAUUAUACUUGGAGUUGAGUGAACUAGCCAUUAGCACCUAUAAGCAUGUUUCACGGCUCCGUUCAGCACGUUUGGCCGGCCUUGAUUUGGGUAACUUCUACUGCGCACUCAACGAGCCCCACAAAGCCGUUGUCUUCUUCACAGAUUUACUGCGCGAAUUGAAGGCAGAGAAUUGGAACUACUUGGCAAGUCAAACUCUGCUAGAGUUAGCCAGUUGCUAUCGCAAGAUGGACGAUCAUCUUGCUUACACUAAAACAUGCGGUGCAAUAUCUUGCUGUCAAGAUCUCGAAAUGCUAGUGCGAACUUUCUACUUUGAUGAAUUCUUAAAGUGCUUGCGAACUCUGAAGGCAAACCUAACGGUUCAAUCGAUGGAAAACACAGCUAAUUUUUGCGUUCUCGAAGAUCAUUUCAAAAUUUGUGAGAUCAUCGUUACAAAUGUUAAACCAAUUAUUCAAGACGACAUUGUUCAAGUUCAUGUUAAAGUUGAGAGUUUAUUUCCACGUGAAGUUUUCGUAGAAAAUGUUUCAAUAUCGUUUGAAUUGAAUUCUGCGGAUGAAGAUGUACUAGCGGAAGUUGCUCUGCCUAAUAUGCAGCAAAAACUUAAAGUUUCCUUAAAUUUGAGUUAUAAACAAGACAAUACUUUGGAGAGUGCAUCAGUUGCAUAUGAGAAAGUCAAGAAAACACAACCAGUGAGGAGAACAAGUAGUACCAAGAGAAAGUUAUCGCCUGCUGUGCAAUCUGAUUUUCAAAAUUUUGUUGUCGCUGAGGGAGUGCCACUUCAUCCGGGAAUGAAUAUCAUCGAAAUGAAAACCAAAGCCACAAGAGUUGGAAUAUGGAUUUUUAAACAGAUGUCAAUUCGGCUAAAUCAAUUGCAAUUCCUUUCGGAUAAAAUUCCGUUUAAGGUAACACCAUUCGAAAUUACUACAAAACCAGCAUCAGCAGUUCUAAGCUUUAAGAAUCUAAUCGCAGGAAUCAUACAGCCAGUUCGUCUAAUUGUUUCCGGAGGUAGUUUUAUAUUUCCUUCGGAGGCAAAAAUCAACUUAAGUUGCUCGAAACAUAUGCGCGUGCGAUUAAGCAACGAACCUGAAGCUGACUUUGAAAGCACUCUCAGUGUUCCUUUAGCAAAUUUUAAAUCGUUCGAAGAACGUGAAAUUCCUCUCGAAGUUAUAACUAAACUUCCAGGUAGUAAUAUCGUCAAACAGUGCGAGCAUCGCAUUACGCUUGGUUGUCCGUGGUCCCGAAACGAACUGACUAUUCCAUUAGACUUUAUGCCAGCCAUGACGGCUUCUUAUCGUCUGCACACUUGUGGUACUCAAAAAUUUGUACAAGUAUUGUUGAAAGGUGUAAAUGCAGAAUUAGUUCUUUCGGAUGCCCACGUUAAUUGUGAAGUACCCGGCGUAUAUUUGCAAGACUUAAAUCCUACCACGCAAAAGGAAAUACGUAUUUGUAAAAACCUUACUGUUUCGUAUUUGUGGGGCAUUCAAAUGGAUUGGAAUGCUGAUAUUGGUGCCAGCAUCAAAAUCGAAUUUAAAGUCAAGUAUUCGGAUUAUGCAAGACCAGGCGCUUUGAGGGACUACUCAUAUUCCUUUGACUUGAGUGAUUAUACUACUUUGUUUAAAGUGCAAGCGCAACUUGAACCCAAUGAACUGUGUCGUCUGCGGUCUGUGUGCAAUAUGAAUUUGAAAAUAACCAAACUUCGGGAUAACAAAUUUGCUGACUUAAUGUAUGAGGUCCUUACUGAUCACAUGUGGGCCGUUUGUGGACAAUCAGCUGGUGUCGUUUCUAUGAAAGACGUUGAGAGCCAUUCCAUUUCACUUGAUGUUAUGCCAUUGAGUACAGGUUUCCUGCCAAUGCCAAGUAUUCGUCUAUCACAAUACAAGACAGCUCAUUCCAAAGUAGUUCCAUUUGCAGUUGGACAAAUUUAUAAUUCUACAAAAAGCAUGCAAAUCCACGUUAUGGCUAGUAAUAAUGGCGAUUAG